AUGUCUGGUCUGCUGAUUGUCGAGAGGUACCUCCUCACUGUCAUAGACAGGUUUACUCGGUGGCCUGAAGCGUAUCCGCUGAAGGACAUCACCGCGGAGACCUGUGCUGCUGCCCUCGUGUCUGGCUGGAUUGCCAGAUUCGGUUGUCCUGAGCGGGUAACCACAGACCGUGGUCGCCAGUUUGAGAGCCACCUGUUCCAGGCCCUCACUUCUAUGGUUGGUGCGCGCCAUCUCCGCACCACAGCCUACCACCCAGCGGCCAACGGUAUCGUUGAGCGACUCCACCGCCAGCUCAAGGCAGCGAUCAUGUGCCACGCUCCAGCUUCACAGUGGACUGAAGCACUGCCACUGGUUCUUCUAGGCAUGCGUAGUGCCUGGAAGGAAGACCUCCAGUCUUCCCCUGCCGAACUCGUGUACGGCGAAGCACUUCGCCUACCCGGUCAGUUUCUGUGCCCCAAGGACGACUACCUCACAGCUGACGUCACCCAGUACGCGACUCGUCUUCGCGCGUGCAUGGCGAAGCUUGCUCCUCGUCCUACCACCUGGCACUCCACUUCGGCCUUCUACGUUCCGCGCGAUCUCCACACCUCUUCUCACGUCUUCGUUCGCCAAGAUCGCGUGAGAGGCGCCCUAGAGCCGCCAUACGCUGGCCCCUACAAGGUUCUCAGCCGACAACCUAAAUACUUCACCUUGGACGUCAACGCCAAGAAUGUCAAUGUCUCCAUUGACCGGCUCAAGGCAGCGUAUGAGUCUAAAGAAGUUCAGAAGACGGCUCAACCAGCCGAAGAAGACGUCAUGCGGACUUCCAGUGGUCGAAGAGUCCGGCUGCCUGAUUUUUAUCGACCGUAG